UAUACCCACCGAAACAGGCACCAGUUACAGUAGCGUAAAGCUGUUUGUAACUCUGUCAAGAGCGGCGAUUUUAGCGCAGUUUCUUUUUGCUCAACUAUUCACGGGAUACCGUGCACAGAGUGAGCCAUCUCGCUUCGGACUAAAACCCCGCGCGUAUUUCUCCCACAAUUCAUUGGUUCCGUAAACAGCUAUCAGAAGCUAGCUGGUUUGAUAUGUGCUGCAGACCGUGAAUGAAAAUCUGAAAACAGCUGAAAAUACCGGUAGAGACUAGACAGCGCUCUUGUUGUUGAUUAGAAUUUCAUUAAGGGCCUUUAGUAAUAUUACUGUGCUAGUUGGCGAGUUUAACGGCACAACUGACGGUGUUUAAGCUCCCUACUGUUUCUGUAGUAAAGUAAUACACGCGAGUAUAUAAAUAAAAAUGUCUGGACCAAAUGGAGAUCCAGACAUCUCUGCUGACGAUGGUAUUAUCAGCGACGAAGAUGAUUUCGGCGACGAAGAGUACGUUGCCAUCAACUCCAUGCUAGAUCAGAUCAACUCAUAUCUUGAUGACCUGGAAGAGCGGAAUGACGCACUUAAUGGCAAACUGCACGAACUGAUGGAGUCAAAUCGGCAAGCUCGGCUGGAAUUCAGAGCCCAGUUGUUUGGCUCCCAGACGCAGGAGGAGCAGCAGCAGCACUGUCAUGCAGCAGGUGGAGAGACUUCUUCAACCAGCCAGGAGGACAUAAACAAGGAUAAUGAAGGCUCACAGAUGACUGACAAGAACAUCUAGAUCAAGAAGAAUAGAAAAGGGAGGGAUAGAAAUAUUAUGAAAGAUGACAAUUCUUGAAAGCUGUCUGACAGACUAGUGGUCCUUUAUCUUUAUAGUCGAUACCUGUCUGAUUCUGGCAGUUUACACUAACAUCAGCAGAUGUGUAGGACAGUGAUAGCUUGCAUCUCUUCCAUCGCAGAAAUCAAUCCAGUCUUUCUGUUGGCGACAUGCUGAUGUUUGGUUUAUUGACCUAAAACAGCUUCUUGCGCAAGCGGGGCAUUACAGUGUAUUUAAUUCCACUGCAGACUUGUGAAAUCUGAAGUCAGUGCUGCAUUGUAUUGGGAAAAAAAGGCAUCUGCCCACGUAGAGAUUUGUACAGGAUUAUGUGGGAGGACACGACAGUUCCUAAAGGAAGAAACACCCUAAAUAUAUAUAUUUUUAAACUGGUAAUAAAACCUUGUCUUUCAUAAACAAGCAUCAAAAUACAAGAUUAUGCUUAGAUCUUUCCAGAUCCUAUUCCUAAAUAUUCUUUGAUAUAGAUUUCAGUACUAAAACCUCAAUUUUUAUGUAUGUAGUGAUACGACCUGUACUGCCAACACCUUAGAGAUCAACAGAUUCUCAAGCACUCGAGUCAUUUCUUGUUAAACAAUAAGGUUAUAGUCAAACUUCCUAAAGUAUUUUGACCCAUUAAUAGCUGUGUAAUUACUUUUUUCUCCCACAAGGUAAACACAAAGCAUUCCACAUUUACUUAUAUUGCAAUGCUUGUUCUGCCUGCUGACUGUAAACCCUGCGCUGUGCUGUAUAAGUGUCUGUCAAGUGUCAGCUAAAAAAAAAUUAAAAGAUAUGUUGGAAUUAUGACAUUUUUUAAUAUAAAUUAAGAUGACUCCCAAACAGAAAACAAACAUCCAAAAAUACAAUAAACUUCCAGCAGUUAGAAAACAUCACCAGUUUGUUCAUCUCAAUUUGUCAGUAGCUGAAUAAAAAUACAAUAA